AUGUACCGUGAAAUGCUCAAACAAGGGAUUGAUGUAUACUGUGAUGUUUGGCCAUGUGAUAGAGAAUGCGGAAAAAUUCAUGAACGUUACAUGAAAACAUCGAAGCUUCGAAGAAUGAAAACACUUUCGGAGUCGGUAGAUAAGAAUCCAACAACAAGCGAAACAAAAAAAGCAAAAGGAGUCUUCGAAGAAAUAAUGGAAGCAGCGGCGAGAAAGGUGGGAAAUGUUUGA